AUGCAACAGCUGCGUGACAUGACGAGUGAACAGGAAGCAGAGAUGACCAGGAAACUCAAAAACCUGGAGAAGGAGGCAUCGAUGGUGCAGGAGGUUCAACUUCACAACGAAAAGCUGCGCGAAAAUUUGGAGUUGGCUGAGAGCCAGAUUGAGGACUUGAAGCAGCGUCUGGAUGAUGCCAUUGGUGCUGAGGACAUGAUCGAGCAGCUUUCCGAACGGAACAUUACCCUCGGUGAGAAGAUCGAGGAGAUGCAGAGCGCUAUUGACGACCUGGAGGCCCUCAAGGAACUUAACGACGAGCUCGAGGAGAACCACAGCGAGACUGAGAAGCAGCUUCAGACAGAGAUCAACAUGAAGGAUGGCCAGCUCAGGGAUCAGUUUAAGAAGAUCGAGACCUUGGAGGAGAACAUUGGCGACUAUGAGAACACUAUCCUCCAGUUCCGUGAGUUAGUUGUUCAUCUUCAGAAUGAUUUGGAGUCGUUGCGCCAGAAGCAGGAGUCUGCCACCGGCAGUGGUUUGGGCAGCCAGUCCCAGGCCAUGUUGAACCUGAACCUCCAAUUGCAGUCGACUGCGAUGAAGGCUCAGGCCAAGGCUAUCGACCUCGAGCUCCGCAAGCUGGAUGCCCUCCAGGCCAACGACAACUUGAUGCUGGUCCAGCCCUACUUGCCCGAUGGUUUCUUCCGCACCGAAAACGACUCGAUUCAGAGUCUGUUGUUGUUCAAGCGCCUGGCGUUCAAGGCAGAGUUGAUGAACAAGCACCUGGAGCAGCAGUACAGCAUUUCGGACAAGAUUGCCCAAAACAAUAUACCCUCGGACCUCGUGCCCAUCUGCGAAAUCCGCCAAAAGCUGGCCUGGUUUGGCGACCUUGCCAAGCGGUUCGUCUCUUAUAUCGAAGGCUGCCCCGUCGAGGUCUUUGUCAAGAUGGGCCAUGUCUACCACGACCUUGUCGGAACUGAACGUCGCCUCAAUGCUUGGGUCGAGCUUUUGCGCAAGGAGGAACUCAAGGAGUCUGAUUGCGUCGUCGAUCUGCACAGGGCCAUCGCCCAGCUAGACCAUUUGGCAGACACUUUCUUGACUAACACCAAGUUGGACCUUGUUGACCGUUAUCAAGGCGCUACUCGGGCAUUGGACCUCAACUUUGACCGCAUCUUUGUCAACCUCUCGGCCAUCGGUUCCUUGUUCAAGACGAGCGAGGAUGGUGUGCGCUUGGUUGACACCGACGAUAUCCAGUACCAGAUUGUCCAGAGUGUUGCUAACAUGUGUCUGCAGGCCAAGUCGGGCAAGACCAUCACCAGGAAAGUUUUGCGCAAGAUUGACGAAAUGACAUCACAGGCAUCGGUCAUCAAACCUGAGGCCUUCGCCCAGUACAGCAACGCCUGUACUGCAAGCACGAAGUUGGGCGAGUUCACUCACGAGGUCAGGAAGCGCAUCUUGGAGUAUGUUCGCGCUCGUCGUGAGGGUGUCAAGACUGAGACUAUUCACCAGACGAUCUUCAGUGUCACCGACUCACACUUGGGCAUCAACGAGACUGGAAUGUGGGAUGGCUGCCGCAAGAUGUUGACUGGAUUGUUGCAGGACAUCACUGCCUUGGCCGAGGGAAUCUUGGAUCCCGAAAUCUCCGUCAAGAUUGCCAAGCCUGACAAGGUCUGGAUCAAGAGGGCCAAGGACUUGAAGGCUGAGGUCAUUAUCAAUGUCGACGCAGAGCAGAAGGCUCAAUCUCUUCAGGACCAGGUGUUGAAGCUCGUCAAGGAGGCCAAGCUAAAGGACCAAGCACUCCAAGAGUCUGGAGUCAAGAUUGAGUUGCUCGGCAAGCGGAUGGAGAACUUCAAGAAGCAGGCAGAGCAGAUUUCUAUCUUGGACCGUGAUGUUGACAAGGCCAAGAAGCAGGAGCGGGAUUACGACGAGGCUAUCAGCGCUCUGCAGGCUGACAUGGCUGCCCUUGAGGAGCAGAACGCUCAGUUGAGGAGAUUGGUCAAGAAGUCAGAGAUCAGGAAUAUGGUGCCACCAUCAAAGAGGCCUCCUCAUGGCCAACAUGGUCCCAGUGGCUCUGUUCUUGACUCUGAGGCUACCAAUGCUUUGGCCCAAGAUGGAUCUGAGACUGGCAACAACAGGGAUUUGAUGAUCCAGAUUGAGUCUCUCAAGUCGGCGCUGCGAUUCUUGCGUUCUGAGAACGCGGCUUUGAGGACACGGGCUGCUUUGCUCGACCUUGGAUUGACUGCCGACCUGUCUGGCCUGGCUGCUCCAUUGAGCCGUGUCUUUGAUACCGAGGAGUCGUCGGCUCAGUCUCAGGGUGGUGCCGCCAACCCCGUGACGCAGAAGCGUGCCUUGAACGCGGAUAAUGAGCUCAGGGCUGUUGCGCUUGAGACCAAGAGACUGAUCAAGGAUGCUCGUGUUGUUUGCGCGUCACCCAAGAUUGUCGAUCUGACCAAGCACAGCAUUAGUGCGUCCAAGGCUCCCGCUGCCGAUGGAUCUGCUGCAGCUGUUAGCACAUCAACAGCUCGCCGUCCAUGGCUGGCACAGUCUAGCCGUCCUGAGUGGCAGUACCACACCCAGCAGGCAGCCUUCAACACGAUCCAACAGAGAAGCAUCGAGCUCAAGGAGAGAUUAGCCAAGGUGUCGCGCAGCGGCAUCAACGCCGCCCCUGCCAAACUCAAGAAGCUUUCGUUGGUGGAGACUCCGAUCGGCCGUGUUCAUUUCCCCAAGAGCAUGUCUGGACUUGCAGGUGCACCGGAGAGCCAACAGUCGCCAGCAAGGAAAGACUUGGCUGUCUAUCUCAGGAGCAGUGCAGAGUUUGAAGCCAUGCACCAGCUGUUUGUUCGCUAG